AGCUGUCAAUUACUGUUAAACAAGGACAGAUAGACGUCAAUACACGCUCCUGAACUCACAAUCUGUGGACGACGCACUUUUCGAAAAUGGUGCUGGACCCUCGCGGAGAGGUCGAAUCUGGAGAAGCAGAGCGUGAGGACUGUGAAAACACACAGCAGGAGCUCGAUUCACCAAAGCAGACCAGCAUGGAGAUGGAGAACUUGCCAUCCACCAAUAGCAGUGAUGAGGCUUCCAGAACUGACCAAUCAGAGAGUGAAGAGAGGACAUUUGUGACCAAUCUGUACUGUUUUAUGAAGGAAAGAGGCACGCCGAUCGAGAGAAUUCCCCAUCUCGGCUUUAAACAGAUCAACCUGUGGAAAAUCUACAAAGCUGUGGAGACUCUUGGAGGAUAUGAUGCGGUAACAGCGCGGAGGCUGUGGAAGAAUGUGUACGACGAGCUGGGGGGGAGUCCAGGCAGUACUAGUGCCGCCACAUGCACACGCAGACACUACGAGAGAUUGGUGUUGCCCUUUGAGAGGCAACUGAAAGGAGAGGAGGACAAACCACUGCCACCCUCCAAACCUCGCAAACAGUACAAGAGGAGCCCUGAGAACAGGGGAAGUAAGCCAGAGAGCAAGAAGAAGAGGAAGAUGGAGAGAGAAGAGUGCGAGGACAAACUGGGAUCAGAUCAUCACUGUGAGAGAGGCAUGUGUUCCCAUUCCAGUUCGUGGAUGCCAUCCUCCGACUCUGAGCAGCCGCCCACGGCUCCCGUCCACGGCCCCAGAGAGAUCCCACUCCUUCAGACCCCCAUCCCGGCUGAGGUGAUCUCUCCCUUGGAGAAGAAGAAGCGUAUGGCUCAGGCUAGCCUCACCAUCCCUGCCUCUGGCUCCGUGGAAGACGGUACCGAACUGGAGAGACCCUCCGUUAUCCACAUAUCCCUCUCAACCCAGUCUCCCGCCAACCCUUCCUCCACACGCACCCGACACUCCUCCGAAGGCUCGCCCCUUCCCGUCUCCUCUCCGUCUGACUCCUUGUCCCGAAGCCCGUCUCCUUACUCGGUCUCAUCCGAGGACUGUAUAGCCGUGACGACCCAAAAGUCUCCCGUCAAAGAGACCGGAAGUAAAACGCCUUCUCGUUUGCCAACUCUUCCCACAUCCAAGCCUAGUAGCGCCGGAGUUUGCAAGCCUCUCGGUUGUUACCCCAACGCCAACAGCAAAGAACUUGCCAACUAUCACCACUACCAUUACCGGGAAUACCUGCAAGCUGGCCAAACCCAUCCCGAUAAAACUCAACGGAGUCUUUUAUGGACCUCGGAUGGCAAAUCCGCCACCAGACUCGCAUCCCACAGGCUUCCCUCGCCCGUCUACACCAACGCCUGUUGGGUUCCUCGUGCCUCAAGCUUCUCGAAAGUCUUACCACGUGAUCCCUGUAGGCUAACACCCAGUUUUAAGCCACACAUGUCCUAUCACCAGCACCUCCUAAAGAGGCCUACCUCCGAUGAAGCCUAUUUGAAGAAGAUCCCAGUGUCCUCUCAGCUUCGCAUGGCGACGGACAGAAAAGAGAAAGGAAAGACUAUGUUGCCGAAGCCUCUUCCUAGUACCCAGCAGUACUUCUUCCACCCCCAUGCCGGUUUAACAAUGCCCUACAUGCCAACCUCAGAGAGGUCCCGGGGAGACUUAUCCGAACAGUUGAAGGCUCUUCAACCUGUACUUCUCCCAACACAUCUAACAAUACCUAACGCUCAGACCCACUCUAUGCAUUGUCCACCAGUGGGAUCCCCCUUUCUUGGCUCUUAUGAGGCAUCUUUGCCUUCCUAUCCUUACCCGUUUCCAAUCUGGCAUUCACCAGCUGGGUACAACAUGACAGGCCUGCAGCCGUACUGAGCUGU